AUGCCUCCUCCACCCACACCAACUGGUCCGCCAAAUAGACAAUCACAAACAUCACCACAAGGGAAUAACCAAUCAUUAUCGACAAGUAGUACAUCAUCGUUACCACCAUCAUUAUUGUCAACAGAAAAUACAACGAAUCAGAGACUAACAUCGUUUGAUCAUAUACAAAGAUUUGGGAAUGCAUCCACAAAUCAAAAUCCUGAUAAUGAAUACUCCAUCGACAUGGCCCCAGAAUACAUGUACAGAAACCUCCAUGCAGAUUCAAACAACGUACAUCCAAACAAUGAAGCACAUGCCAAUUUUAGAUCCAGUAUUGUUCGACAAUUAACUGACAUGCAUCGAUUACAAAGCCGAUUCAACCAAUUAUACAGUAAUAGAGAGCAAAGCAAUCGAGCCGAACACGAAUUAGCAAUUAAUAGUAUCCCUAUUCAGUUGAGAAAUAUUUCACGAGAAUUGACACGGAAUCUGAAUAGAGAGGCUUACUUUGUGGAAACAACAGAUGAUGACGACCAAAGUUUUCAAGAGGAAGAUGAACCAGAAGUGAUAUAUUAUUCUGAAGAUAAUGGAAAUGCGAUCGUGUAUCUGGAGAGUAAUGAAAGCGAACUUAGUGAUGAUGAAUCAGCAGCAGUAAGGCAUGAUAUACGGAAUAAUGAACGAAAUAUACUUGCGUCGGGUAGAAAUAGUGGUUACCCAUACAGAUUUACAUCUACAAGGCUAAAUAAUUCUGGUGUUCCCUUGAGACGACAGAAUGCCAUUAGAGCAAGGUUUACGCACAAAAGAAAAGCAUCAGAUGAUCAAGAAAAGUCAAAUGAUGAGAAGUCUGAAGGAAACUCGUAUCUUCUUCAAGAUGAGGCUAAAUCACUUCUGGAGGAAAUACAUACCUUUUAUGAAGACCUAAUAUCACUUGAUGAAUUUCAAGGGGAGUCUCCGUUAUUUCGCAAAUUAUACCACGAAAAGGAUGAUCCUUUCAGGCCAUUCUUUUUAACAGAUCCAAGUACUCAUUUUAGAAGCGAAGACACCAGUACUUUACAUUUGGAUAAUAAAAUGGAUGCCUACUUGCAAAAGAGAAGAAAUAAUCAAUUGUGGCUCAAGUUGAGGCUCCCACCACCACCUCCACGAGCAACAUCACUGAAAGAUAAGAAGAGAUCCAUCAAUUCACGACUGAGCUUUUCAACCUCUGCAAAAAGACAGAAACUUGUCCAUAAUAGUAAUGACGAAGUUGCCAUGUAUACUGAAGACAUUCCCCACGGAAGAUAUCUGUACUCAAAAAAGGAAAAAGAAUCAAUUCUCACUGGGUUAUCGAGUAGUUUGUUUAAAUCCGGAUCUGUCUAUUAUCUUGGAGCAGACCAUAACCCAUUAAAUAAAUUCAAAUUGGUUAUUGGUGAUAUUGAUGGAUCCAUCAACGGUGUAUUCAAUUUUGCUCCCGAAAAUACUUCACCAUUGGAAUCUAUCCUUUUGAAAUUGAACAACUUCACCAAAUUUAUCUGUGGGUUCAAUGAUUUUUCCCAAUGUUUACCAAGAAGCAAAAUACUCGUGAGAAAAUUGAAUGUUCUUGAUCGUAUAUCUAUUGACAAGAAUGUCAGGUAUAAGAAGAAUUUGAAAGAUGAUCUUAAUUUUCCAAUACUGGGACAUGUUGUUGACUUCAAAGAAUAUGACUUGAGGUUCUUAAAAUCGACUCCUAAUGAGUCAUCAUCAUCACGUUUUAGAUCCAAACGAGUUAUCUUGCAAUUAUUGGAGUGGAUGAAAUUGCACCCGUUUAUUCAGUUUAAAGAAAAUUAUUUCCUUAGUACUCUUCGAAAAUUGGAUAAGACUUUAUCUAAUUUUGAGGGAAGUAAACUCAGAACACCUCAGAAGGUACAAAUCUUGAACUGGACUCGAGAGCUCAAGUCUAAUUUAUGUUCUUUAACUAAAGAUUUUACAUUCAUGAAUGAUAAUAACAUAAAUAAAGUAAAACUCAUUCGAGAUCAAAAUUUCAAAAAACAAUCCAUCCAGCCGUAUGUGUCAUUAUUUGUUGACGAGUGGGAAAAGAUACUUGCUUGUGAAUUGAGUGAACAGAUUACCAAGGAAGAGUCGACAACAUUGCUUAACAUCCAGUUAAAUUUUAUUUUAUUCACAUUGGAGAUUGAUUUGUCAAAAUUUUUAGAUUCAUUCAUUGAGUAUAUUUUUAGACAUUGCUAUGAUAGUCGAUACAUGGACAAUUACAGAAAAGUAUAUGAUAAUGUGUUGGCAGAUGAGCAUAAGGAAACUGAAAAUCACAAGGCAACAUUGAUUUGCUCCAUUGAUAGGAAAACUGGAACAAUUGAAAUACUCAACACACUACCAUUCCUACACUAUAAAGAUAGAUCUUCAAAACGUACUGGUUUCAUUCUUUCUACUGAUCUGAACCUCUCGGAUUAUUCAACAAGAAGCUCAUUUGUCUACGAUGAUUUUGAAUUAUUCGAAGGUGAUAAGGUCCCUCAAAAUUCAAGCACAUUCAAUACCAGCAUAAAUCUCGGCGGCCUGAACCACGCCAUUGUUGAUACAAAAUUAACGGGCUCAUUUGAAUUUGAGGACUCUGUUUGUGAUAUGGUCUAG